CAUUGUCAUCGCUAUCUUCUACAUUAAGGUGGCUCGCUGUGAAGUGCUCAUUAACGAGCAUGCAUUUCAUUCAUAGAAUAUUCCCUAUCUGGUGCAAUUUACAGUACAAGUGUUGCGCAAGAAGUACAGAUGGCUCACAAGCAAUAUGCAUGAACAAAGUCUCAGGCGCCCCUGAAGAAAGAAACAAUUGGUCCUGCCUUGACAAGAGAUGGGUUAGGAUUUCUAUAGUGCUGUUCAUUCUCGCAGUUGUGGUGCUUUAUCAUGCGCCAACAAGGACGUUUCGUCACAAGGCAAACUUUACAGGUGCGUGGACCUUACACACAAAAGGUCGCCUAGGCAACCAGAUGUCCGGCUAUGCUCUCCUCUACGCUCUGGCUAAGCUUAACCGGCGUCAAGCCUACGUUCAUCCAGACAUGUAUCGUCAGCUGGCACCCUUCUUUCGCAUCACCCUUCCACUCCUCACCCGUGGGUUGCAGAGCCUGCCCUGGAAGAAGAUGGAGAUCACCGACAACUGGAUGUCCGACGCAUACUCCAAUAUCAGCGAAUCGUACGUUUUUCUAACCGGCUUCCCCAACAGCUGGACAAUGUACUACCAAUACCAGGAGGAAAUUAUGGCUCAGUUUCGUUUUCACGAUCACAUAAUACGACAGACUUGGAAGACGUUGUCCAAACUGAAGGCACGCCGUCAUAAUCCCACGUUCGUUGGUGUCCACGUUCGUCGGGGUGAUUACGUUGCUAAGAUCCGGAAGAGUUACAUGGGUGUCCUCGCCAUUCCGGCCUUCCUUGACAGAGCCAUGUGGUAUUUCAGGGUGCGCUACCAGGAGCCGGUUUUCGUAGUUGUCAGCGACGAUAUUGAAUGGUGCAUACAGAAUAUCAAUAACGCACUUGGUGACGUCUAUUUCCCAACUAUGGGCAGACUAACUUCACCAGGAGAAGACCUGGCUCUGGCUGGGAAUUGCAAUCACAGCAUUAUGACAAUUGGAACUUUCGGAUUCUGGGCAGCCAGCCUCGCCCGUGGUAUGACUUUAUAUCUCUCCAAUUAUACGCGUCCGGAAAGCGACCCCUACUUUAAGUUGCACCUGCCUUAUUGGAUGGGAAUUCCAGCUAAUCUCUAGUCGGCCAUGACCACUAGUGAGUCAACUGCAGCAACAGGGACAAUGGCUUCCUGAGACGUCCACUUUUCUCGGUUUUGCAACGUCAUUACUAAUCAUAUGCCCUCAACAAUAAAGCACAUUGGAUUACACAUA